CAUCAUCCUCUUCGCGCGCUUUCUCCUCCUUCUCGUCAUCAUCCUCACCGCGCUCUCCUUCCUCCUCGUCAUCGCCAUGGCGUCCCCGCGGCUCGAGACCUUCUGCUGCCCGAACCGCGAUCCCGCCACCGAGUUCGUCAUCAGCUUCGCGCCGCGGCUCUUCACCGCGAUGUGCGCGUGCAGCGCGAGCCUGAGCUUCUUCUUCUGCGUGUUGCAGAUCCUGCCGAAGCGGAGCAGCUUCCGGUCUCCGCGUCCCAAACCCGCCUCGUCCCUCAGGAUUCUGCUCAUCAUCAGCGUGUGUGAUAUCUUAGGAUGCUCAGGAAUCAUCGUGCGCUCGUCGAUCUGGCUCGGCCUCCCCGACCUCGUCGACCGCAUCUCCGACGGGAACGGGACCGACGUCUGGCCAGAGGUGUUCUGUGUCGGCAGUGCGAUGUGGAUCCAGCUGUUCUACAGCGCCUCCUUCUGGUGGACGUUCUGUUACGCGGUGGACGUUUUCCUAGUGGUCAAGAGAUCGGCUGGCAUUAGCACCAUCGUCCUGUAUCACAUGAUCACGUGGGGUCUGACGCUUCUGCUGUGUGUUGAGGGCGUGGCAAUGCUCUACUACCCCUCCAUCUCCAGCUGUGAGAAUGGCCUUCAGCACGCCGUCCCGCACUACGUCACCACAUACGCACCGAUGCUCCUGGUGCUCGCCGUCAACCCAGUGCUGUUCGCUCGGACCGUCUCAGCCGUGACGUCGCUGCUCAAGGGCCAGCAGGGAAUCUACACCGAGAACGAGAGACGACUCGGAUCCGAGAUCAAAAUACGGUUCUUUAAGAUCAUGCUGGUGUUUGUCAUCUGCUGGCUGCCCAACAUCAUCAACGAGAGUCUGCUGUUCUAUCUGGAGAUGCAGGACGAUAUUAAAGCCGUUGAUCUGAAGAACGUUCGCAACGCCGCGCUCAUCACGUGGUUCAUCAUGGGGAUCCUGAACCCGAUGCAGGGCUUCUUGAACACGCUGGCGUUCCACGGCUGGACGGGUUUGGACCUGGACUUCAGUCGGCAGCGACGGCGCGAGCUGGCGUGGGAUUCGGCUUCCACGUCUGCGGCGUGCGGAUACACACCGACGGUGGGAACGACACUGAUCUACCAGACUCACAUUCAGGAGAUCAAGAAGAGCCUGAGCGCUAACGGACAGCAGACGUCAGACGCCAUUAGCGUACCCUCCGAAGAUUCAGAGUCUAGUACAGUAGAAAUCCAGAUAUCCAGCGAACAGCGAGAGUCUGAGGACGUAAAGCCCAACGGAGCGUCUCUGGAGAUUUCCACACGCUGAACGCUUUCAUACGCUUCAUCCCAACAGAACUGAGUCUACAAGCAUUUCUACAAUCUAUUCAUGCCAAUGAUUCUCUGGACAAUCACUGCCGAAGACUAUCAUUCACAAUAUCCAUGAAACUUUGAUUUGAUUCUGAGUGUCAAUGUUUGCAAACAGGCUUUUUUUGUAAUAAAAAUGCACUGUUUUAAGGAUUUCACUGUAAAAAUACAGUAUUUCCCAGCACACUUGUGGCUUAUGUUUUACUCAUUUUAUAUUUCAUUAAAUUAUUCUUCAUUUAAA